AUGGCGCCAAUGAGUGGGCUGGCACGAGAAGUUAUGAUCCGUUCAGACGGCAAGGUUGGUGGCGUGGGUGUUCUGCCCAUGUCCCAUGUCAACCUGCAGGACCCUGAGGACCCUCUCAUGCAUCGUAGGCCCGAGCGGAGAGCGGCGCACGAGACGGGACAAGUGACGGGUGGGCGUCAUCGUGGGGCGGAGUUGGUGUAA